UGACCAAGACUUGGGAGGCUGUGAGGUUAUCAAAGCCCAGUUGAUAUUGAGGUGUUGUUCAGGGUCGAGAUCACUCACCAAACGGCCGCUCUUGGUGUUGACUUCAGAGGACAGUGUUAACAAUAUUGCCCUGUGCUCACCCUGUGUGGGGCCCCUGUACACCGAGCUUGGCGCUUUCCCUAUCCCAGCGAAUGUGCCCCUCUGCCCCUCCAGAGCGCAAUGGCAGACAAGCCCCGGCCAGUCCAAAACAAAAGUUCGCGAUAAUCAACAAAACCACGGCACAACCUAACCCAAGCGCAACAAACCUCUCACCAGAUACCAAUCGCACAUUCAAUCCCCGCGACCCUCUCGAGAAUUACUCUACCAGAUUGAUGGACACCUCCCCCCAAUCACCCCCCACCAAAAAGCGCAAAAUGGCGACCUCGACCUCGACCGCGGCCGCCGCCUCCUCCGAGCAAGAGCAAGAGCACCAAUUCCCUCUCCCCCCGAUCCUCACCCACCCCUCCGCCGCCCCUCCCACCCUCAUCACACAAGGCGCCGAGGGUCGGCUAUACAAAACGACCUUCUUCUCUCCCGACAUCCCCUGCGCGCUCAAGUACCGGCCCCCGAAGCCCUACCGACACCCGAUUCUCGACGCCCGCUUGACCAAAGCCCGCUUAGCCUUCGAGGCCAAAGUCCUCGAGCGGUGCCGGCGCGAGGGCGUUCCCGUCCCCGCUGUGUACGCGCAGAACGCUGCCGCCGGGUGGAUCGCGGUGGAGUGGAUUGAGGGCGCGCCGGUGAGGGUGAAGAUUAACGAGUGGCUUGGUCAGAGGCCGAAGAAUGAAGAAGAAGAAAAGGCGGCGCUGGAGAAGGAUCAGGGACCGUUGGUGGAACUGAUGAAGAGGAUUGGCAGCGCGAUAGCGGGGUUGCAUAGGACGGGGGUGGUGCAUGGGGAUUUGACGACUAGUAAUAUGAUGUUGAGGCCACCCCCCGUCAAGACGACGACGACGACAGAGGAGGGGGAGACGAAUGGGGUGAGCAGUGAAGAAGCACAGGAAAAGGCCAAGCUGCUGGAGGGAGAUGUGGUCAUCAUCGACUUUGGCUUGGCGAACCAGAGCCAGUCGGACGAAGACCGGGCGACGGAUCUGUAUGUCCUCGAGAGGGCGUUCGCGAGCACACAUCCGAGGGCGGAGAACCUGUUUGAGCACUUGCUGGAGUCGUACAAGCAGAGCUUCAAGAAGGGGGCGUCGGUGUUACAUAAGUUGGAGGAUGUGAGGAUGCGUGGUAGGAAGAGGAGCAUGAUUGGGUAAAAAUGGUGUAUACACUUCUUUGCACAGGAGGGCGAGAAAAAGAUACCCAGGGAUUUUCUACACAUAUAUAAACGGACAAUUUGCCUUGAUGAU